AUGUCAGAGUAUAACCAGAACUCAAACAAUGACACGUUUCUAUCACGGGUGUUUGGUCUCCACUCGGUGUAUAACCAAUUACAGGACGAGUAUCAAUAUUAUGACCCUGAUGUUGAUUAUCAGCAGUCAUUCAUGAAUGGUGGUGUCUCAUCCAGCCAUGUAGGUGAAGAAGGUAACGAAAAUACGAACAACGACAACACUAAUCUAUUGGAUUCUGAAUCAGACCUGGACUCGUCGCUGUCACUUUCGUCGCCACCAUCACCUAUAGUAUCAUUCACAGGUAAGGAGCACAAUCAAAAUGAAGAUUCGGCCCAAGUCCACUGGGAUACCACCCGUCCACAUUAUGGGCAAGAUAACGAUAUUACCACCAGCAUACCCAAGGAUCCGCCCAAGAACAAUAUGGUCAAUACUGCGAAAAACUUCAUUAACAAAUUGCAUCCAGCCACUGAUUCUCUACCCAUGUAUAACCAGCCGCAACAGUUUCGAAAACCACCACCAGAAGGGCCUUCGGCUCAAACAGCUUAUCAGAAAAAACAGCACAAAUCCAAGAGGAAGUAUUUGAUUCCUCCUAAAGAGCGGGCACUCUAUUUGUGGGCUAAUAUCACCAAUAUGGACGAAUUCUUAACUGACGUUUAUUAUUACUACAGAAGAAAUGGAAUGCUCAAUAUUGUUUUGACUAGACUUGUCGAUUUAUUGAUUUUAGCUUUCAUAUUGGUAUUCACUGUGUUCUUAAAAUGGGGUAUAAAUUAUGACUUCUUCAUGAGGUCAUCGAGUGAUCGUGCAUCGGUUACUUUGAAGGAUUUAGUAAUACCUAAUUUUAUUAGUGAGAUGGUACCUGUCUCGGUAAAAUUGCUAUUAUUGGGCUUCUCUGGCUAUAUUGUCUUACGAUUGGUCCAAUUGUAUUUUGACUACAACUAUAAGUUAAAGGAAAUCAAAAAUUUCUAUCACUACUUAAUCGGAAUUCCAAAUGAUGAUGAAUUAAUGACUAUUUCAUGGAUUGUUAUUGUCGAAAGAUUAAUGGCAUUGAAAGAUUAUAAUAGCUUAACGUCAACUAAUACCAAUUUGCCUGCUCAAUUUUUGAGUGAUCUAAACUCAAAAGUUAGAUUGAAUGCUCAUGACAUUGCUAAUCGAAUUAUGAGAAAGGAAAAUUAUAUUAUUGCGUUGAUUAACAAAGAAGUAUUGGAUUUGUCAUUGUCUAUGCCAUUCUUAUCGAAUUUUAAUAGCUUCUUAUCGAAUAAGUCGGUAUUGACAAAAACUUUAGACUGGAAUAUUAAGUUGUGUAUUAAUAAUUUCAUUUUCAACCAACAUGGCCAGAUCAAUUCACAUGUCUUAAAGGAUUUUAACAGAAAUCAAUUGUCAAAAGAACUAAGUGCAAGAUUUAAGAUGGCUGCAAUAAUAAAUUUGCUCUUAUGCCCUUUUAUUGUCAUUUAUUUCGUUCUAUUAUAUUUCUUCCGUUAUUUCAAUGAGUAUAAGUCAAAUCCUAGUUCAAUUUUAGGUUUAAGACAGUAUACACCUUGGGCUGAAUGGAAGCUCAGGGAGUUUAAUGAAUUGCCACAUUUCUUUAUCAAGAGAUUGCACUUAUCCAUUGGCCCCGCAAAUAUUUAUAUUAAUCAGUUCCCAAGGGGCUUUUGGGUAAUAAACUUAAUGAAUUUUGUAAAUUUUGUUUCCGGAGCCAUUACAGCAGUACUAGUUUUGAUGGGACUCUGGUUUGAUAAUGAAGAGCAUAAUUUUUGGUCCUUUGAAAUCACUGAAAACAAAUCAAGCUUGUUCUAUAUUAGUUUAUUUGGUACAGUGUGGGCUAUCACAUCAAGUUCAUUAACUUCGACAAAUUCAAACACUUCUGAAAACUUGAAUUCCCAGACUUCGUCCUUUUUCUAUGACCCGGAGGCCAGUCUCCGAUAUGUAUCACAGUUCACGCAUUAUUUGCCUAGUUCAUGGAAUGGCAGGCUACAUACUGUGCAAGUGAAGAAUGAAUUUUGCGAGCUAUUUUCAUUGAAGAUUAUUAUAAUUAUAAAUGAGAUCCUAAGUUUAAUCUUGACCCCGUUUAUUCUUUGGUUCAAAGUUCUGAAUAGUUCCGGUGCAAUAAUUGACUUCUUCAGGGAGUAUUCUAUUCAUGUUGACGGACUUGGUUAUGUUUGUUAUUUUGCCAUGUUUAAUUUUGAACAAAAGGAUAAAAAUAUGAUGAUGGGUUUGAAUAAAUCAAAGCGCAAACCCAGAAAGUCAAGGGCAAAUGCAAAGAAAAAAGCUGCCAGUAAAUCUAAGAUCCGUUCUGAUGAAAUCGAACUUGACAAUGUGAAUCUGAAUAAAGCUGAUAAGUCGAAAUUAAGUGGUUCGGAGACUUCUAGCGAUUCCGAUGACAUUGAUGACACUGAUAUUAAUAAUGAUUAUUAUCAGGAUGACAAAAUGAUCAAAUCCUACAUGUAUUUCUUGGAAACUUGUGGUAAUGACAAGGCAAAACAGACAUCCAAACUCACCAGCAAUGAACAAUUAUCGACCAAGCCAUCACGGAUUGCAAAAACUGGCACUACUCAGUCAGUUGUAGGAGAUCCUUCGCCCUCAUUUUUGUAUCAACCCUUAACGUCUAAUAGCAUAGAUGAUUCUUCCUACAAUAUCAAUUACAAUAUUGAUGAACAAGAAGAAGAAUCCAGUAAGGGUAAAAGGUCUGGUGUAUUGGGUAUGAUAAACCAAUUUUAUAAGCACGAUAGAAAUAGAUGA